AUGGGGUUCCAUCCGAACAUAAUGAAAGAAACACCAUCAACAUUGAGGAUGCGGACAAUGUCGAUAUUGGUUAGUGCUUGGGUUAAUAAUUCUACAGACCCAAUCGGUGGGAAUGACAAGAAGACUGAGAAAUUUUGGGGAGAUAUUACUGAAGUGUACAACAGCACCACCCCAGCAGAUCGCAAAAGAGAAGUUAAUCAACUGAAGCUCCGUUGGCAGCGCAUUAAGACAACAAUCAACGAAUUCAAUGGUUGUUGGAGCUCGGUUAAUAAAACUUAUGCAAGUGGUAUGUCUGACGACCAAAGGACAGACAAGGCUCUUGAGUUGUAUGCCGAACGAUAUAAAAAACCUUUUACUAUGGUGCAUUGGUGGAGAACUCUGAAAGAUCAGCCAAAAUGGUGCGCACAUGCAGAACAAAUGGUGAAGGAAAAGGGUAAGAACUCGAUGGUGGGGGUGGAUAACACUUCAGCUGCUGCCAGCCCACAAGAUCUACAAAGGCCAAUUGGGAGAAAUAAAGCCAAGGCCGAACGUAAUGGUAAACCUAGGGUGCAGGAUCCAGAAGUUAUUGUGCUGCUUGGUGAGAAAAUAGACAAAUUCAUUGAAGGUCAGACCAUUGCAAAGCAGAACCGUAUUAUGGUGACAGAGGAGCAGCGACGUAUGUCUACCGAGAAGCUUGAAGCUGCAAGGCUUGCACAUUCAGCCGCAGUGGCGCAGAAGGAAUCAAAAAUGCUUGAAGUUUACAAUUCCCUCCUGUUACAAGACACAAGUGCAAUGAGUGAACGUGAGAAAGUUAAUAGAGAGAGGAUGAUGGAGAGUAUGAGUUUGAAGUUGUUUCCUCAACAAGAUUGA